AUGAAUGCCCGCUUGGCUGCUCUCCAAGUUCCAGCUCCAGCUCCCGCCCAGCUCCCUCUAGCCCCCGAGACAGCCAUUCUGACUCCGAUGGCUGGCCCCAGGAGGGCAGGGAGAGCUGGUGGGAGCCGCUGCAUCUCUCUCUCACAGAUGAAGGGUGCCCUCAUGGAGAUCAUACAGCUCGCCAGCCUUGACUCAGACCCAUGGGUACUCAUGGUCGCCGACAUUCUGAAGUCCUUUCCUGACACAGGAUCGCUGAACCUGGACCUUGAGGAGCAGAAUCCCAAUGUUCAAGAUAUUUUGGGAGAACUUAGAGAAAAGGCAAGUGAGUGUGAAACAUCGGCCAUGCUGCCGCUGGAGUGCCAGUACUUGAACAAGAACGCCCUGACGACCCUGGCGGGACCCCUCACUCCCCCAGUGAAGCAUUUUCAGCUAAAGCGGAAACCCAAGAGCGCCACUCUGCGGGCAGAGCUGCUGCAGAAAU